CGGCGGCAGGAGUUUGGUCCGGUUGCGUCAGCGUCGAUCUCCGUCGGCCAAAGCGCCACACACGGUGUCGGUACGCGAACGGUGCCACAUCGCGCUCGUGAUCUCGUGCCCGUGUUUGUCGGUGUGUGUGUGUGUGUGUUUUGUGGAUCUCAGGUGUGCGUCAGGAAUUCCGGCAUUCAACAGAGCCUCCAUCAAUCGAGCACCAGCCAGCCAACCAGCCAGCCUCCAAGCAACCCCAGCAGAGGUCCAAGUCCAUCCGACAGGUCCGAAGCUGCGCUGAGUGGCUCUUACUUUUGCGUCCGUGCGUGUCGUCGGCCCCCCAAAAAGCGGCCCCUUUGACGCACCAUGUCGCGCUACUCAAGCCCUCGGGACGAUCCGCGUUCGAUUUUCUUCGGCGGUGGCAGUGCUGCCAGCACGCCGCUAAUCAGAAGCUACGCCGGCUCCGAUCUGCUGCAGUCGGCCACCUACUCCAAGCAGCCGCCGGUGCCGCCGGCACCAGCCCCGACGAGUUCACCGCCACCGUCGUCCUCGUCCUCGUCGUCCUCGUCCGGAACCGGGACGCCGGGCACGCCCGCCUCCAGCUCGUCGCCUGUCGUGCGCAUCAUCCCGAUCCACUAUCCGGCGCAGCCUGCCCGGCUCAUCGGCAGCAGCGGCGGCUACGGCGGCCGCCUGCCACCGAAGGCGGCGGCCACCCCGACGACCGUCGACGAUGCCCCCGAGCUGCCCCUAGGUGGAGCGAGCCAGCCCACGACGGCCGGCCCGGCGACGAAGCAGCCGCCGAAUGGUGGCGGCUCAGGUCAGGGCAUCCUGAGGCAUCCGGCAUCGCCGUCGCACCACCUCGCUCCCGCCCCCGCCAGCGGCACCCCGUCGCGGGUGUCUUUCUCCGCGCGCCCCGUCAGCACCACGGGCCCCAAAGCGAAGCCGGGACCGGCCGCCGCUGCCGCCAUGGCGGCUGCCGUUCCACCGAACGAGCCGCCGGGCGGCUGUGCCAACGGGGUCCACAAGGGGGCGGCCGAACCGAGUGGCCUCCUGGCGGGACCUGUGGCGGCACCUGCCGUUCAGCCGUCCAGGCAAUCACCACAGCCCCAGCAGCCGCCGCCGCUGCAGCCGCCACCAUCGGCCGCCGCCAACUGCCGCAUGCAGCUCGCCUUGUACGGCUGGCGCAAGAAGUGUCUGUACGCGCUCAUCCUCAUCCUCACGAUCAUGAUCAUCGUCAACAUGGCGCUCACGCUGUGGAUCAUGAAGGUGAUGGAGUUCUCCUCCAAUGGUAUGGGCCAGCUGAAGGUGGUGCCGGGGGGCAUCCAGCUCACCGGGCAGGCGCUCGUCCUGAACACGCUGCGCGCCUCGUCCAUCCAGUCGAAGCACGGCCAGCCCAUCUCGCUUGAAUCAUCACGCAAUCUGAGUAUGAACACGCGGAACGCGGCCGGCGCGCUCGAGAACCAGCUAUUCCUCGGGCACGACCGGCUCGAGGUGCUCGCGACCCACUUCCGCAUCACCGACACCCACGGCACCCACCUGUUCGCGGUCGACCGGGACGAGGUGACGGUCGGGGCCGGCUCCCUGCGGGUCGAGGGCGAGGGCGGUGUGAUCUUCCGCGACUCGCUCCAGACGCCGCUGGUGCGGGCCGAUGCCGGCAAGGAUCUCCGACUGGAGUCACCGACGCGAUCGCUGGAGGCCCGGGCCACGCAGGAGAUCUUCAUCCAGUCCCGGGCCGGAGGCAUCGAGGCGACGUGCCUCAACGACCUCAAGCUCCACUCCGUGGCCGGCAGCAUCCGGCUCGACGCGAGCGCCAUCUAUAUGCCAAACCUGAAGACGGUGCAGGGUGCCGGAUCGGGGACCACUUCCGCCCUCUCCAGCGUGGGGCGGGGUGAGUACGGGGGACCGGCGACCGUCGGCAGUGGCAGUGGCGGGAGCAGCAAAAUCUAUCAGCUGUGUGCGUGCGCGAGCGGCAAGCUGUUCCUGGCGGCCGCCAACAGCAUCUGCGCCGCCGACGACACCGCCAUCUGCCGGUAAUGGCACACACACCAGGGAGGCUGUUCGAGACCUACAAGAGCUUACACACACACACACACACACCACGACGACGACGACGACGAUGGCGGCGAGCCGCAGACACAGUCAGGCGUCAGGGAGUGAGCUUGAGUGGGUGGCGAUGGUGGUUAUUGUUAUAGACCCUCGAAACCCCUCUCCCUCUUCCAACUCCGCUCCCCUUACGCCCACCAUCCUGCCACGAUCACUACGAUCACUGCGCCGCGCGUUUUCCGUCACUAUCGUGCUCUAGAGUGUGUGUGUUCUGGACCUGCUGCUGCUGUUGCGCUGCUGCUGCUGCGCCUCUCGUACAAUAUAAGAUACAUAUCAUACAGCAAAGCACACAAAAAUACACAAAACAAACAGGAAAAGAAUAGUAAAACAAACUAAAGCACACCAACACACGAAAAUCAAACAGAAUGAGCACAAACCACAACAGACAAACGAAGCAAACAAACAAACUAACUAACUAAAAUGUAUGCAAACCCAAACAAACACACAUACAAACACACACAAACACACAUAUAUAUAUUAUAUAGCAUAAUGAAUAGGCGUUAUCGAAAGUAUUAAAACAGUAGGAAACAAGCAAACAAACAAAGGAAACAAACAAAAAGUAAAGCAAACACAGCAGGAAGAAGUGCACAAGUGACAAACGUGUGGCUGCCGAAAAGGAAGGAAGGGAAGAAAAGGAAGAAAGUAAGGUGCGCGAAGUGUGCGUGAAGUGAAGUCAAUAAAGCGAUCAAUCCGAUCUAUCUCCGUCAACGAGC